AGUUUUGUAUCCGGGGGUAGAGGUCAACCUCGGUACGGAGUGCCGGAGACUUCCGGGCUGGGGUCUGGUGGGGGGAAGUGGUGGUUUCGUUCAGCCGUUUCCCCCCCCGGACUGCUGACUCUGGCCGCUGGGGAUGGAUGAGGAUGGGUUGCCCCUCGUGGGCUCUGGCAUCGACCUGACCAAGGUUCCAGCUAUUCAGCAGAAAAGAACUGUGGCAUUUCUAAACCAGUUUGUGGUUCAUACAGUGCAGUUCCUUAACCGCUUUUCUACUGUUUGUGAAGAGAAGUUGUCAGCUCUAUCUCUCCGUAUCCAACAAAUUGAAACAACGCUUAACAUUUUGGAUGCAAAGUUGUCAUCUAUUCCCGGCUUGGAAGAUGUCAAGUUUGAAGUAUCGAGUGCAAAUAUGAACAGUGUUACAAAUGGUCCAGUUCCACAAGCCUCUACAGAUCAGCACUCAGUAUCUGUAUCUCCUCAGUCAGAACAGAAUAACAUACAUGAGAUAGGACAACAGAAAACAGAAGCAGCAGCAGAAAAUGUCAUGACUGUAGCCAAGGAUCCAAGAUAUGCCAGAUAUCUCAAAAUGGUUCAAGUGGGUGUUCCUGUAAUGGCAAUAAGAAACAAAAUGAUUUCUGAGGGGCUAGACCCAGAUCUCCUUGAGACACCAGAUGCCUUAGUGCCUGCGUGGGGAGAUGAAGUGAAUGCAGAAGAAAGUUCUGACAGUGAAUCUUCAUUUAGUGACUAAAGAGACUGAUUUCUGCCUUUGAGAACUUCUGAUAAGUGCUAUAUAUUUGGCGCUUUUUACAUUAUAGCAGGAGAAUGGUAAAUAAUUAUUCAUAUGACUCAAACAAAACCAAACACCUUUUUUGGUGCUGAGAUCCUCAUGUUCUCUUCCAGGAAGUUUUAACAGACAAACACAUUCAACCUGAACUAAGAUCUCAAUCAGUAUAGCUCAUAAUGCAUUAUCACAUGCUGAGAAGGCCUUACACAAGAUUCUUCUGUCUUGCAGAAGUAAAAAAUGCUAUUUAUAUAUUAAACUGUCAUUUGUGAAACUCUAAUAAAGACUUUGGUCUGAUAU